AUGCGAUACUGUUGCUCACUGCUCAGCAGCUACGCCAGAGUGCGCGUCUUAGCCAUGAGCUCGACAAGCACUGGUCGGUGUCUCAGCACCGCAUCUCGCAGCUACAGCGAGGCUCUCGGCCUCCUCUCGCAGCUCUACUCCAACCGCCAAAUCACCCAUCUUUUUGAAAAAACUCCUGGCUCCAACUCUGCAAAUAAGCCAGCCGAGGAUCUCAAUGCCUUGGCCAUCCCAGAAAUGCGCCAAUGGCUCCGCCGCGCAGGUUACGAGCCCAAGGACCUCGCCCGCCUCAGACACAUACACGUCGCUGGUACAAAGGGGAAAGGCUCCGUGAGUGCUUUUGCUACUGGUAUGCUGCGACAAUACGAAACAGUUGGGACAUAUACGAGCCCGCAUCUCGUCAGCCCUCGAGAACGCAUUGCCAUCCAAGGCGAGCCGGUCUCCCAAGGCCUCUUUGCUGAGGCCUUCUUCGAGCUGUGGGAGCGAUUCUCCGACAAGGCCAAGAAAGAAGGCAUGAGCACUUCAGAAGCCGAGGGACCAAACUCGAAACCCUUCUUCUUCCGGUUUAUGACCAUCCUCGCAUGGCACAUCUUCCUACGGGAGAAAGUCGACAGUGUUGUUCUCGAGUGUGGAAUCGGUGGCGAAUACGAUGCUACCAACGUGGUGCCGCCCGAGGCUGUCUCGGUCGCUGUCUUGACACAGCUGGGUAUCGAUCACGUUGCCAUGCUAGGCGAUACGGUCGAGAAGAUCUCCUGGCACAAGGCCGGCAUCUUCAAGCCCGGCGUGCGUGGUUUCGUCCGCAAGAUAGAGGAGAAGCCCAGCGUGAGGCGUGUCCUGCAAGAGAGAGCGGCAGAGAAAGGUGCCGAGCUCGUUGAGCUAGAUGACGCUCUUGUUGAGCGAUGGGGAGGCGUGCCAGGCAGGCUCCCUGGCAACUUUCAAAAGUACAACCAAGCACUCGCUGUGCUCGCUGUGCGAGAGCAUCUCGGCAUGGGCAGUGACCCCAAGACUGCCCUUCUGGACCUCCCAGACAAGAUGGUCCAGGGUCUGAAGGAGGCAAACAUUCGAGGCCGCUGCGAGGUCAUUCAACAGGGGCACAUCGGAUGGCAUCUGGAUGGCGCACACACCAAGGAUAGCAUGCAAGAAGUUGCCAAGUGGUUCGUCGCUACACUUGGUCCAGAUGAGUCGGCAGUUCUCGUCUUUAACCAGCAAGAGAGAGACGCAGCUGAACUCUUGACGGUGCUGCUCAACGCUAUCCGAGAUGCAUCGGGACGAGAAAACAUCUUUAGUCAUGCCUUUUUCACAAGAAACGACCAGGAGAAGCCGGUCGACGGCAAGAAGAGAGACUUGGAGGUACAGCUUCGCGUAGCCCGAACGAUGGAUGAAAGGGCACCUAGCUGCCACACAAAGACGUUUGACAACAUUCAGGAUACAGUCGCUGAAGUAAGAAAGAUUGCGGAACAAGGUGGCUCACAUCAAAAGGUCCUGGCGACGGGGAGCAUGUAUCUUGCAGGGGGUAUCUUACGGGCCUUGGAGCCCGAGGGUCUAUUAUAG